CUGGAUCACUACCUCUUCAAAUGCUUGGUUGCAAACCCAAUUUGCGUCUCUUUUUGUCUCUCGCUUAAACCCUUCCUUCUAGAACCAGUCGUCGCCAUGGCCAAACUUUGCCGCCUCAGCACGGUGGCGCCACUCUUCCUACGGCGCCGUAUCGGGGUCCUUCCAAAGCGAGAGUAUGGAUCGGCGGCUGCGGCUCAAGUAGACUAUGAUUAUUACGACUACGAGGAGGAGGAGGAGGUGGAGGUUUAUCGGAAAUUAGCGAGGGCGGACUCGGAGGGAUGCGUAUCGGGAAGAGGAGUGCAUUGGGUGAUCAUAGGAGAGCCAGGUGCGAAGAAGCAUGUGUACGCCGAGAGGCUCUCCAGGCUUCUCCAAGUUCCUCACAUUUCUAUGGGAACCCUCGUCCGCCAGGAGCUCAGCCCUCUCUCUUCCCUCUAUAAACAGAUAGCCAAUGCUGUGAACCAAGGGAAGCUUGUGCCAGAGGAUAUAAUUUUUGGGCUGUUGUCAAAAAGGCUGGAAGAAGGAUACUGCAGAGGUGAAACUGGGUUCAUUCUGGAUGGGAUUCCUCGAACAAGGAUCCAAGCUGAGAUCUUGGAUCAAAUAGCUGAUAUUGAUCUGGUUGUGAAUUUCAAAUGCACUGGAGAUUGCUUGGUGAGAAACCAUCCACAAGAUGGAAGUUCUUCCCAUCACCAAGAAUUUCAUAGGAUGAGCAAUCCUGGUUCAUAUCUAAAUCUGCCACACCAGGAUGAUCAGUUGAAUUCCACCACUGCUGAUACAAUACUUGCAUGGAAGGAAAAACUCCGUAUAUAUGCAGAGCAGAGCAAACCAUUGGAAGAUUACUAUAAAAAACAGCAGAAGCUUCUUGAUUUCCAAGUGGCGGGUGCACCUGGAGAGACCUGGCAGGGGCUUUUGGCUGCACUACAUCUCCAGCAUGUGAAUGCCGUCAAUUCUUCACAGAAGUUGACUGCAUGAUUGGGUUUACGCAUCAUUUUUCUUCCCUAUUCCGGCAUUAAGAGUAGACACAAACUAGCGGGGAGUGGCUCUGCAGGGGUUCAUUCUUCCCUGUUGAAUGCUUUCAGUUGGGUUUGAAAGGUUUUGUCUUCUGAGUUAUACUUUAUCAAGUGACACAAUUUGAGGAUGCCUGUCUAUAAUGUAGUUUUGGCGAGAGAAACAAAAGCAGAGAAUACUGCUAUCUAAGUAAGCUUGUUUUCUUUUUCUUAUUUUAAAUAUUUGAAAUAUUCCCAACAUAAUCAGCCUAAGAGUGGGAAGUUGGGUUAAUGUUUGACAAACCAGAAUUUGCCACAA